AUAAUAUCAAUUCAAGGUGAAUGUGUCGAACGCUACGCGGUGAAAAAAACAAAAAUCUGUUUAAAACAAAAAAGAACAAAAAUAAAGUGUAAGUGAAAAGCCGAUAAACAUUGAAAACUAAAUCAAAGGAACAAAAACACAAAAAAAAGUUAAAAAUAUACAAAAAUUGAAAUAAACAUUAAAAAUUAAAAAUUAACUGCAGUAAAAAAAAUUGUUAAAUUACUAAAUUAUCUUAUUGUAGUGAUUUAAAGUUAUCUUGCAAUUCUUAAAAAUACAAAUACCAAACAAUAUCCAUAAGAGUAUAUGUUCAGAAAAGUUCGUCUUCCAAUAAGACAUGUCAGCUAUAACAGAAAAAGCAACUCAUAAUAAACAUUGUCAAUCGAAAAAGAAAAGUAGUGAACCUCAGAUUAAUAUUACAAAACAAGAAUUCGAUCUUAUAAGUGACGCGUUUAAAAAAGAAGAGUUUCGUAAAUUAUUUUUCGACUAUUGUGAAGAGAUACAAGAUCCUGAGAAUCGUAAGAUCUACGAAAAAGAAAUAACACAGUUUGAAGCAGAACGUGGUGUUAAUAUUACAUUCGUUAAUCCUGAGCCAGGUUUUGUUGUGAAAACUUCAGUGGAUGGUAAAUUAAAGUGUUUUAUAAAUAUUGCACAAAAUGGUGCUAUCGGAGAGCCCAAAAGUGAGCCUAGUAAUAAUCCGGAAACAGGUAAACGCUGUACAAGUUGGUCUUUACCUUUAGCUCAAGGACCCCCUCGCGAUGAUCUUGAUGCUAAAAACAAUCGUUGUCGCAUUUUCGAUGUCGUAUAUCAUCCAAAUGCAUUGCAGUUAGCCAACCGUAAUUCUGAAUUUCGAAAAUUCGUUAUAGAUACAGCGCUGGAUGCUGUUGAAAGAGAAUUUGAGGUUGAUUUGGAUCGCAAUAAUUUGAAGUAUCCUAAAUUGAAAUACAAAGGCAUUGCAAGACCAACUGUGAUACGUAAAUUAGCUGAAAAUGCACCACCAGAAAACUUGGAACCACAUCCACUUGAGAGCAUAUAUCCACCAAAACCAACUGCGGAUUCGGCUUCCCCAAAAGUGAUAAAAGUUCAGUCAAAAUCGAAAUUACAAACUGAAUUCACAACACCCAAGUAUGUCAUCAAGCAUAGACGUGAUGUUGAUCUCACCGAGUUUACAGAUGAAUUGGAUGCGAAACUCAAUGUAACUAUACCUCGUGAACUUAUUAUAGAAAUUGAGCUGCCAUUGCUUAAUUCGACUGCUGAUUGCGAAUUAGAUGUUAGCGAAAACCUACUUUACUUAUUAAGUAAACGGCCUGGCGCCAAGUAUUAUUUGAAUUUAGAUUUACCUUACACAGUACGCGACAAAGAUGGUGUGGCUCGUUUCGACGUAGAUACUCGGAAACUAUGUGUGACCCUGCCAGUAGUACAGCAGAGUGUCAAGAAACAGCGUGAUAUGCAUGAUAUGUUAAUACAUUUGAAUCGUGAAGAUAGUGGUGUUGAGAGUGACAUACGUGAUGAAAGCAACUCAAAUAGAGAGUCACCAGUUGAGGAACUGUCUGAAAAAUUCCCAGGACUGAUGAUUAAAGAUAAUGAAAAAGUAAUUGAAAAAGAAGUUGAAGAUACAGCGGUAAACUCAACAUCUCAUACUGAACCAUUUUUGAAGAGUACAAUUGAAUAUGCAUUUCCUUCAAAAUUCGAUUGUAAUGUGUUGGAUAAUUGUUUAUCGUUGGUGUUGCAUGUUAAAAAUGUACAAUCUGAUUCCAUUCUGUUAGAAAAACAUAAUCAAAAUGCGCAUUUGCAAUUUUGUUCAAUAGGCAGUGGAUUUUAUCCUACUUAUUAUGCAUUCUUCAUACAACUGCCAAACAAUUGUAAUAUUAAAAUAAAGGAUGUGCAAGCUGAGGCUUGGGAGAAUAAUUUAGUGUUAAGUAUAAAUUUGACAGCACCUUGCGAAAAUCUACAUAACUAUUUAGCUGGUCUAGAUGUUAGCGAUCUGAAAGAGUAUGAAAUUCAUGAUAAAUUUAAAGCACCCAAAAAUCGUAAACGUAAGAAUCAAAUUAUCGCACCAACCACAUUAGCUGCUUCUUUAGAUGUUUCCGUAGAACGAUCUGAAUGUGAACGUGCAAUUGAGAUAGAAAUCAAGCCACGAGUUGAGCACCAAUCAACUUGUGCCACAAAUACUACCGAAGAUGAUGAUGAUAUCACAUCCGAGAAUGGUGUUAAUCAGCAAUUGAAUAAAAAAUUAAACAAAAAACAAAAGAAGAAAACGAAAAAGCAACGUUCUUUAUCAGAAACGGCUUAUGAUGAUAUUAAAGCCUUUGAAAAGCAACAAGAACAGCAGCAGCAACAGGAAAAGAAAACAAUACAAAAGUCUCAAGUACAAAUUAAGAGAAGUGAUUGUAAAAUUGAGGAUGAUAAUUCUUCACCAGAACGUAAUGAAGAACAAAUUAUUACAACAUCCACAACAUCAUCAGUUGAUGUGCCGAAUUUGAACUCAACAGGACAACAACGUAAGGCACGCAGCUUCUCAGAAUGUCGCGCUGAUAGUGGCGUUAGUUGUAGUGCUGGUAGCGCUAAUUUACAAGCUAAUUGUAAGGGCAUAUUAAAACAUUAUAGCCGAUAUGCUACUCGCCCAUCUAUAUCUGAUAGUUGUUCAUCCAUUGAUGAUAACUCUUUAUAUUCAUGUUCAGUCGAUGCGAUUCAAACACAUUCGUUAAAUGGUUCACGCUCAUUCAGUGAUAUACCAGAAGAACAACCUGGUCUGUCUGAGAGCUGUAAGAAGACUGUUCGAUUUAACGAAGUUAUUAGAAAACAAACAUAUCGGUAUGAUUCGAGUAUAUUAGGCCAACGUAAAAAGAAUCAAAAACGUCGUGAUCGCAAACAACGCGCCUUACAGCGUCGGCUUAGUGAGGGAGACUCAGCUGACUAUGAGGAUAACAAGCCCAUUAUUGAUUGUUCUUCGAGAAGAUCUCAAACUCCACGCCAUAUGCCAGGAGGAGCACUUUAUGAAAGUAUUGAGAAUGAUAUGGAACAUUCAAUGAAGCCACGUGAACGUUUCGAAUCUGAAUCAUCGGAAGUUGAUGCAGUAAAAAAUUCAAUGAUUUUCGAAAUGGAUAUGUAGUCUACUUUGUCGUUUGAAAAAUAUAUAAGCAAAACGUCAAUAAUUUUUUAAAAAUACUACUUUUAAGUUAAGUUAUUAGAUACAAACACAAAACAAUUUUCGGCCUUAUUAGAAAUAUUGCUCAACCAAAGUUGGAUCCUCAUAUUUUUGGAAUAUAAAAAAUUAGUUGCUACCAUUUGCACAUUGUUAAAAAUUUUUAAUUAUGAAAUUAAUUAGUGUAAUAGAAUUCAAAUGAAAUUGUAAAAAAAAAAUUGGUUGAUGUUUAACAAAGUUGUAGAAAAAUUGAUUGUAAUUGAACAUA